AUGUCUUCUGUCUUUAGUGCUAACUCCACAUUGUACCACCAAUUAGCAAAUAUUGAUGGUACAAAAACUUUUACUCAAGUCUUAUCCAAUAUUAAGGCUGUCCAGCCACAAUUAAAUAUAAUCGAACAAUACUGGGCCUCAUGGUACUGUUACAUGAACAAUGACGUUUUGGCCACUGGUUUAAUGUUUUUCAUAUUGCACGAAUUUAUGUAUUUUUCAAGAUCUUUGCCAUGGUUCAUUGUCGACUGUAUUCCCUUUUUCAGAAGAUGGAAGUUACAACCAACAAAAAUCCCAACUGCUAGAGAACACUGGCAUUGUUUGAAGAGUGUUUUACUAUCCCAUUUCCUUGUUGAAGCCAUCCCAAUCUGGACAUUCCACCCAAUGUGUGAACAAUUGGGUAUUACCAUGGAAGUACCAUUUCCAUCUUGGAAAACUAUGGCUUUUGAAAUUUCAUUAUUUUUCGUUUUAGAAGAUAUAUGGCAUUAUUGGUUCCAUAGAUUAUUUCACUACGGCGUAUUUUAUAAGUACAUCCACAAACAACAUCAUCGUUAUGCUGCUCCAUUCGGUUUAACUGCAGAAUAUGCUCAUCCAGUCGAAACUCUAUCUCUAGGUUUCGGUACCGUUGGUAUGCCCAUUAUUUAUUGUAUUUAUACUGGUAAAUUGCACUUGUUUACUUUAUGUUUGUGGAUCACUUUAAGAUUGUUCCAAGCAGUCGACUCUCAUUCUGGUUAUGAUUUCCCAUGGAGUUUGAAUAAAUUCAUUCCAUUCUGGGCUGGUGCUGAGCAUCACGAUUUGCAUCAUCAUUACUUUAUUGGUAAUUAUGCUUCCUCCUUUAGAUGGUGGGAUUACACUAUGGACACUGAAUCUGGUCCAGAAGCUAAAGCUGAGAGAGAAGAAAGAAUGAGAUUAAAGGCUGAAAAGAAAGCUAAAAAGGAUUUGUAA